AUAAUUAGUAUUAUAGUCAUUCUUGUAAUUCAUGAUCAUCCCUACUAUGAUGGUGUGGAUGGACAUUGAUCCUUGUUCAUCGUAUAGUUAUAAAUCUUCUCGUUAGCCUCAGCAAUAUAUUCAAGGUUUAACGACAAUGUUCGAACAUAAUCAAUCAUUUUGGAUGAAUCUAUUUGCUUGUUUGUCUGUAUGCACCAAAUGAUUUUCGAUUUUGAUCGAAUUUGGACGAUAAUUUUAAAUUGUACUACAAUUAUUGUGGAUAUAUUUCUCCGAUGAAUUCGAAUUUGAAGUUUAAAUUUUUAGCACACAGCUUAUUUGAAAAGACCAUGUGGGUGUCAACAAAUAUAUUUGUUUGCGCGCUUUUGUUUUAUUGUUUCAACAUCUGUCUAUUAUUGAAUUAGUAUUUUGAAUUAUCACAGCAUAUAUUUUGCUCAUAAAUUUAUAAAAAUGGAUUUUGAGGAAAACAAUCUUGAAGUUGAAGUAGAUGAGCCAUCAAUUGAUCAAGAUUAUGUUGAAUCGAAUGCAAAACAUGAUGAUUAUUUCGACAAUGAUGACAUGAAAGAUGAUUAUUUAUUUGAUAUUCCAGAAUUAUCGCGAAUCAUUCUAUACUUUGGCAAUUCUUUGAAUGAUAAAGAAUGGAUGUGUCAAAAAGUAAAGUCCGAUUUUGAUCUUAAUUAUAUGACGCCAACGAUUGCUUUAAAAGAACCAUUCAAAUUUAUGUCAUCUAAAUUUCUCGAGUCCAAUGAAGCACUCAAUGAUCAUUUGGAUAAUUUCAUAUUUGAAUUGAAAAAUUUUUGUCAAGAAAACGACACCGAUUCGAAUGCAGAUCAGAGCUUAAUAAAAGAUAUAGCCGAUGAAGAUUCAUUGACCACUCGAAUGAAAACUAAAACCGUUGUUGAAACAUUGUAUGCUGGCCGGAUACGCUACGGUAUGACGAAUGGCCAAUUAAACCCUCAGAUUAUACAACUUGAAGGUCCUUUUUCAUUGAAUCGUGGCGAAAUCAUUCCAUUAGAUUUAUCACUUUUCAAGAAUUCACCAAAUGAAAAUGGUGAAUUAGAUUUCUCUUUAUUUCCUGGUAAGAUUGUUAUUUUGAAAGGACAAAAUUUCACCGGCAACUAUAUCAGUGUAACAAAAUUUAUCGAUUAUGCUAAAUUUAUUGUGCCCGAUUUCCCACUGAAAUGUCCACCGGUGUUACUGGGCCAACAUUCAUUCAAUAUCAUUUGUGCUUGUGGGUCUUUCGUGAAAUUUGAUCCUCAUUCUAAUAAAAAAAAUGAUCCAACUGAUACGAGCUACAUGCAAGCAAUUGCUGAUUAUCUUAAAAAAUAUAAUCCGGAUGUUUUGCUUUUGUUCGGUCCAUUUUUCGAUGAAUCACAAUUGGAUGCAAUUCAAAAAUGGUCCCUGCAAGAUACGUUGGUGGAUAAUUCCUACCCAUAUCAAUGGAGUUUGGAACGAUUAAUUCAGCAUCAGAUUCGUGCAUUGAUGGAUAUAAUUGAAAGCCGAUCGAUACAUACGAAAAUUGUAAUCAUACCUUCAUCUAAUGAAUUGGGCCAAGCAAAUGUUUAUCCGAUGUAUCCUAUGGAAAACAAAUUCGCUAAGGAAUAUUCAAAUGUAAGAUCUUAUUCGAAUCCAGCAUUAUUAAACAUCGGUGGCAUAUCCUUCGGUGUUACAUCAACGGAUAUUCUGUUACAUUUAAGUCGAAAAGAAAUUAACAACAUCAAAUCGACAAACACGAAAAUUCAAUCAGAACGACUUGAACGUUUGUGUGGGCACAUUAUCUCACAUCGUCAUUUCUAUCCAUUAUUGCCACCUGAUCAAAGUGUCAAUAUGGAAUACCCAUUGUAUCAUCAUUUAUCAAUGGUUGUCACCCCACAUAUCCUUGUUAUACCUUCAAUGCUUCGGCCAUUUGUUUACAACAUCAAUGGAACUAUCGUUAUAAAUCCAGGUAAAAUAAUAAAAAAUACAAUUGCACGAAUCAUGUUUGAACCGUUUAAAAAUGAAAAAGAUUAUAGCGGUUCUUUAUAUCAAUAUACGAAUGUGGAAAUAAUCAAACUUAAACAUUGAACAAGUGAUAAAAUUAAAAAUUUGUGAUUAAUAAAACAGCUUCAAUCGCAUGCGCGUGUAUAAAAAUGUUCGCAUUUUGUUUUGA